AUGGAGCGCCUCGGGAAGGAGGAGCCAAGCGUUAGUGGCGGGCAGCAGGGCGGGACCGGGAGCAGCAGGAGAAUUAGGUUCCAGGUGAACAACGUGCAUACGUGGGCGAGCGCCGCGCUGACGAACGAUGACAUGUGCAUGGAGGGGUUCAAGGGCCAGCCCGCCGUCGUGAGGGAGGCCGUGCGGGUGAACGUCGCCGACGCCAUGCACCUCACGGCCAUUGCGCUCGCCAUCAUCAACGCCAUGGCCAAGCAAAUAUAG